AUGGCCAACAGCCAGUCAGAUAUUCUAGCUCUGGCGAAAUCCGCACGGCUGGCUGCUCUUCAACUGCAAACUGCCUCAGACGCGGAAAAGAGGACAGCUCUGCGCUUUAUUCACCAACAUCUGCAGGCUCAUAAACAACAGAUCCUGGAGGCUAAUGCUAGAGAUUUACAGGCCGCCAAGAACGAUACACAUCUAUCCUCAACGUUGGUGAAGCGGCUGGAUUUGAAUGCUGGUGGUGACAAGUUUGACUCGAUGCUUCAAGGUGUUUUGGACGUUCAAUCUCUAACUGAUCCAUGUGGACAAGUCACGUUAGCAACAAAGCUAGAUGACGGAUUAGAAAUGUUUCGAGUUACUUGUCCUGUUGGAGUCCUACUCAUGAUAUUCGAGGCUCGCCCCGAAGUUGUCGUACAGGUCGCGUGUUUGGCCAUAAAAUCAGGAAACGCCGUCGUUCUAAAAGGUGGCAAAGAAGCAUCUCAUUCAAACCAAAUAUUACAUAAAGUCAUAUCUGCAGCUCUAGCAGAAGCAUCUAUAUCCACAGUCCCAGCUUCAGGCAUUCAACUGGUGUCGACUCGAGAAGCUGUAUCCGAUUUGUUGCUUCUCGACAAGUAUAUCGAUAUGGCAAUCCCAAGAGGUGGUUAUGAUCUCGUAAAGUAUGUCAAGAAGCAUGCUACCAUGCCUGUAUUGGGACAUGCUGAUGGUCUCUGCUCUAUAUACCUGGAUGAGACUGCUGAUGUUAGUAAGGCCAUUCCUGUGAUUGUCGACAGCAAGACCAGUUACCCUGCUGCCUGCAACUCAACAGAGACUUUGCUCGUCCAUGCAAACUGUCUAGCGACAGUUUUUCCCAAAGUGGCGGAUGCUUUACUAGCAGCAGGCGUAUCAUUACGAUGCGACCCAGCCUCAUAUACGUCCAUAUCAUCACGUAAACCACCAUCAACAUCAUCAGCAACCAUAACAACAUCAACUCCCGAAGACUACAACACAGAAUUCCUAGACUUGGUACUAGCAGUCAAAACCGUCUCAUCCCUAUCCGAAGCCAUCAUCCACAUAAACACAAACGGAUCACAUCACACUGACGCCAUAAUAACCGAAUCAAAACCACAUGCCGAACAAUUCAUGGCUCAAGUCGAUGCUGCCGGUGUAUACUGGAAUGCAUCAACGAGAUUCGCGGAUGGAUUUAGAUAUGGGUUUGGGGCUGAAAUUGGUGUGUCGACAAACAAGACACAUGCUAGAGGACCGGUGGGAUUGGAAGGGUUGGUUAUUUACAAGUACAGAAUUUACGGGAGUGGGAAUGCUACUGCGGAUUAUAGUAAGAAGAGAAAGUACUUGCAUGAGCCAAUUGAUAUCGAGUCUGUCAAGCAUCGAUUCAUAACAAAGUAG